AUGGAUGAAAUUAGCGACAAGAAAACGAGCAAGAGAAACUUUUCGGCCACAGAAGUAGAAAUUCUUACAGAAGAAGUUGGCAGCAAUUCAGAUGUGUUGUUUUCAUCUUUUUCUUCUUGCAUCACAAACAAUCGGAUGAAGAAGAUAUGGGAGGAUAUUCUGACAAAGAUCAACGCCAAUAACACGGAGGUAAGGACUGUGCCUCAGCUGAAAAAGAAAUGGCAGGACCUCAGGGCUGCAGCCAAGAAGAAGGAGGUGACAAGGAGGAAGGAGAGUGUGAGAACUGGUGGAGGUGGCCCUCCUACACAACUCACUACUGUUGAACAGAAGAUUGUGAGUUUGAUUCCUCCUUGCCAGAUUGAAGGAAUUGCUGGAGGAUUUGAUUCGGGAGUUGAUGGGUCGUUUCUGGACUAUGCUUUGGAGGCUGAUCCUGAUAUGAGCACAGCAGCAAUGGCUACAUCUUCAUUAACCUGUGACUUUAAUGACACAGUCACUUGCAACACAACAGAAGCAAUGUGUAUCACCCCAGCAGGGACAGGAACUUCAAUUAUGAUGGAAGACAUCACAGCUAGAAAGGCACAAGGUGAACCAGGACCAGAUCCAGUUGCUGACGCAAUAAAGCAAUUAAUAGCUGUACAGAGCCAGAUUCUCUUGGCUGAGAAUAGAAAGAGUAGAGAUUGAGGAGGAGAAGCUAAAGCUGCUCAGGGAAUUUGUACAUGUUUCUCCCCUUAAUGGCCAAAAUGUAUCCCCCAUAAUAAAAUUCUUUUGAUUAUGACAAAA